UUCGCCGUCGUGGCCCCGCCCACUCACCCGGGCUCCUCCCGGAUUGGGGUCGACGGGGCGGCCCCCGCGCGCGCCGGAUGGCCGCGGCGCGUGACGUCAGCGCGCCGCCACCGCCCGCCGCCGAGAGUCGCGCGGCUCCCGCCCUCCGCGGUGCAACAGCAGCGAGACCCGCCGCCCCGGGCCCGGGCCGCACUCGGGAGCGGGGCGUCGCCGCUGCAGCCGCCGCCUCGGGAGCCGACUAGAAACCCAUGGUUAAUCACAAGCGUCUUCAGCAUCCCGUCCUGCUUCUGUCUGAUAAAACUUCACCCUUGGAGCAACCCACCUCUGUCUCUGCGCUUCUGGAAUCCUGGGACCCACUGCAGGAGACACCGUUCAUCCAAGUACCCGGCCAUCAAGGCCCUGAUGCGGCCCGACCCUCGCCUCAAGUGGACGGUGCUGGGGCUGGUGCUGGCGCAGCUGCUGGCCUGCUGGCUGGUGCGGGGCCUGGCGUGGCGCUGGCUGCUCUUCUGGGCCUACGCGUUCGGGGGCUGCGUGAACCACUCGCUGACGCUCGCCAUCCACGACAUCUCGCACAACGCCGCCUUCGGCACGGGCCGCGCCGCGCACAACCGCUGGCUCGCCGUGUUCGCCAACCUGCCGGUGGGGGUGCCCUACGCCGCCUCCUUCAAGAAGUACCACGUGGACCACCACCGCUACCUGGGCGGCGACGGGCUGGACGUGGACGUGCCCACGCGCCUCGAGGGCUGGCUCUUCUGCACGCCGGCCCGCAAGCUGCUGUGGCUGGCGCUGCAGCCCCUGUUCUACUCGCUGCGGCCGCUGUGCGUGCACCCCAAGGCCGUGACCCGCAUGGAGGUGCUCAACGCGCUGGUGCAGCUGGCCGCCGACGCCGCCAUCUUCGCCCUCUGGGGGCUCAAGCCCGUGGUCUACCUGCUGGCCAGCACGCUGCUGGGCCUGGGCCUGCACCCCAUCUCGGGCCACUUCGUGGCCGAGCACUACAUGUUCCUCAAGGGCCACGAGACCUACUCCUACUACGGGCCCCUCAACUGGAUCACCUUCAACGUGGGCUACCACGUGGAGCACCACGACUUCCCCAGCAUCCCGGGCUGCAACCUGCCCCUGGUGCGGAAGAUCGCACCCGAGUACUACGACCACCUACCGCAGCACCACUCGUGGGUGAAGGUGCUCUGGGACUUCGUGCUCGAGGACUCCCUGGGGCCCUACGCCAGGGUGAAGCGGGUGUGCAAGCUGGCGGAGGAGCGUCUGUGAGCCCGGGGCAGAGGACCCCGCGGAACCCGGGGGCCUGCUGCCCCGCCCUGCCCCCCCCUCCUGCAGAGUGGGUUGUCACUGCCCACCCCACCCCCAGCCCAGUGCCCAGAGCUGCUUUCGCUGCAUUUGGUUCCCGCACUGACCGCGGUCUUGUCCCCCAGAACCCAGGACUGCAUCCGGCCACAGCGGGCACACAUGCAGCCUGGAGAAGCUUGGUCCGCACCUGCACUGUCGACCCAGGCCAGGCCCUCCUUUCCUGGGCCUCGGGGACGGAGGCCUGGCCCAGCCCUGGGUGCUCUGUGCCACCUCCACCAAGCUGACGUCCCUGGUGUUCCCGUGCCCUAAACUCAGUUCGGUGUUUUGUUUUCACAUCCACAGACCGUGCUUCCCAGGGGCGGCGUGGUUCCAGCCCAGCCUCAGACUGAGGCACCCUCCCCCCCCCCCCGGCCGGACCCUGCAGGCCUCAGGCCUGUGGAUCUCCUUCCCGGCCGGCCCCGGCUGCACCCCGCCUGCUCUCCGGCCUUGGGGACUGCGGCCGCUUCACGCUGUGUGUUUAGCACCCCUGCGGUCCUGCCUUUGUGAGUGGCCCCUGCACAUCCUGGGGCUUGGGGGGUCCACGUGGCCCUGAAGCCCCUCGUUAGCGGGCCUUCCCUCCUCUCCAGCCCGGCUGAGUGUGGACACUGCCCCCCUGAGCUGUGCUCCCGCCCCACCUCGAGGCUCUGGCCUGAGGGAAGCCCUCCCUGACCCUAGAGGUUUUAGCCCAGACAGGGUGGAGUCUGUCUCCCGGACCGACUCCCCAAGGACUUGAGAUCUUCAUAAACGGGUGCCGCAGGCCAGAUGCACGGAGGGGAGACAUGUGACUGGGCAGACAGGUGGCUGCCCGAGUGAGCCACGGCCCCGAGGGAAGCAGGCUGGUGUCCCUGGUGGUGGCUCUGUCUUUACUGGUGGGGGCACGGCCCUUGGCCCUUGGGGGCUGCAAGGGGUGGGGUCCUGGUCUCCCAGAGGCAGGCAGGCAGCAGGAGGGGUGCCUAAGGCUGGGGAGACUGAGGACCCCCCCCCCCCCCCCGCCACCGUGGGCACCGCUGGGCCCUGUGAGCUGGCCCAGGAGAGGAAGGAGGGCUGUCAGGAAGGCACGUGGCAGCUCCCAGGGCCCGAGACCUGGCCGGUGCUGCGCAAGGACUUCCUGCCCGGGACUGGGAGUGGCCUCAUGUGGUGCCAGGCACCCCUGUGUCCGAGAACGGUCUGACACCGGGAUGGCCCUGGGAAGAGGCCUGGGCCCCGGGGCUGUUGUGUGAGGCAGCGCAGCUUGGCGGGAGUACUUUGAGCCCGGACGGGGGGCCCCUCCCUGUGCAAACAGGCUGGCCCGAGCCAGGUGAGCGCAGCCCCUCCCGCUGCCGGCCUGGGGACUCCUCGGGGCUUGCCAGCCCACCUGUCCGCAGAGCUGUCCCGAGGAGGAGACUGUCACCACCUGCCAGCUCCCUGCCAGACUCCAGAUGACAGGAUCAGUGGGCCUGGAAUCUGUCGCCCUGGGUUACAACCAGAACCACUGCCGGCCCUGGGGGCUGCUCACCUCCCGACAGAACCACCUGGCUCCGGUCUGCACGGUUGUUGGGAGCGCUCGAGGAGACGGGGGUGGGGGGCUGGGGGGGGGGGGUGGUCCAGAGCCCGGCUAGAAAACAGCAGUCCCCUGUCAUCAGCCGGACGGCGGGCCCCGCCUCCUCCCCUCCCACGAGGCCCCCCGCAGGAUGGCUGGGCACAUUGCCGUGCCUGUGGUGGCCGUGAGAUGGUCCAGGAUUCCAAGGCCUGGCCACUGGCCGGGGCCCUGCUCCCGGCACGGGGUCAGACCGUCUCUGGCUCGGAAGGGGAGCGUGUGUGGUGUGAGAAGUGCUGGCAUACGCCUCGGGCGGGCGUGCGGGCCAGGGCGGUGGUCCUUCCUGGAGGAUGCAGCCUGCCUCACUCUCCUACUGCCUCGCGGAGCCCAAGCUGCCACUCCCGGCCCUGCGGUCAGGACGCACGUGGAGUCUGAGGUUGCAGUGUGGACGGCACUCAGGGCCCACCCCUGGGGGAGACCGUCGCGGGCCGGCUGGAAGCGCGCGAGCUGCCCCGGCCCCUGCUCCCGCCUUCCCUGUCUGCAUUCAGCCUGGCUACCGGCCGAGGCCUCUGCUGGCCCCUCUGCUCCCCCGGGGGACGGCGUCCUCAGCCAGGAGCGGCCGGAGCCGGCGCGGGAGAGUGAGCCGGAGCCAGGGGUGUGGACAGUAAGCGUUUAUUAGCACGUGGACACAGACACCGCGGUGCGUGGACAGACUUCAACCACCACGACGCUGGGGACCGCUCGCCGCUGACCGCAUCACCUAGGAGAAAACUCGGAAACCAUCUAAUGAAGCGUGUGAUCUGGGGAGUCCUCUAUAAACCAAAGAAAUGUACACUUAAAUAGGCAAAUAUAAAAUACAAAAAAGGCGAGUAGACCGGUGCUGUGUCAGGUAGAAUCUAAAAAAAUCCAGAAAUUGGAACUUGUUUCCUCAUUUUGAUACUCUAUCACGCGUUAACACUCGUAACUGGAGCACCUCCCAGCGUCGGUGAGCACUCGCGGGCGCAGGAGGCCUGGGGCCGGCGGCUGGGCUCCUCGCUGUGUCCCCGCCGGCGGGUGGCCUGGGGUCUCUGUCGGCGGCGGUGGCAGCGGGGGCCGAGGGCACUAUGAGGUGCUGAUCCCACUCAGCUCCUGCCUGAUGGCUGAGGGACGGGACAGGACAGGCUCAGGCACAGCAGGGACGAGCCCUGAUUCUGGGCAGGCCCUGUCCCCCACACCCGCCCCCGCCCAGAGGUCCUUUCUGGCGUCUGCCCUGCUCUCCUGAGAGCCUCACCCAGGCUCCCAGAGGUCGCGAGGCACAGGCUAGAGGUCAAGUGGGGCAGCAGACUCUGUGCAGACAUUGGGGUGACAGCAAAGCACCCCCUCCAGGUAGAGGAUGAGCUGAGGUAGGGGUGGGGGGCUUCACCUGCCUAUUGCCUCGGGGCUGGUGAAGGGCCUGUGGACACCAGGAGCCCCGGGCAGUUCUGGGCACGGUGGGCACCGGAUUCUGCCCGGAGGUCCCGGGGCCCUGCUUCUGGCAGUGGCGGCAGAAAGGGCCUGGCCUCGAGCGUGGGGGGGGGGGGGGGGGAUGGCUCCUGCUCCCGCCUCCCCUGCAGGGCUGCCUCCUGUCCCCACCCCUCCUGGUUCUCCCCCAGAUUUGGGCCUUUCCCUGGACAGACCCCACUGGGCCUGGAGCCAAAGGCCAGGAGAAAGAGCUGAGUGCUGGGCCCUUCUCAAGUGACAAGGGGAUGCCUCUUGGAGCACCCGCGCUGCCCGCCGUUUCCCGCAGGCCUUGGCCGCAGGUGGAGGCCCACCCACGAGGCAGCCCCCACCGGUGGCCGCACCGACGGCAGAGGGGAGAGGGAGACCUGGAGACGUGCUUCCUGCCGCACCCCACUGCCUGCGUCCCCGCCCGUUCCCCCUGCAGGGAGGCUGGCUGUGCAGCCCUGCUUCCGGCCACACACCAGCUCUGGCUCUGGGGCCAGCUGGCCGGCCCCUCCCAGGUGGGGCCCCCAGUAAUAAAGCAGAGGUAAUAGUU